UCCGGCAGGAAGUCAUACGUCAUCAAAGCGCGUCUCCGUGUGCACACACAGGCUCCUUUCAAAUGAUAUCGUGUAAGUCUUAAAAAGAGUUUAAAAUGCCGAUGAAGGGAAGGUUUCCGAUCAGGAGGACGCUGGAGUAUCUGCAGAAAGGCGACAUUAUCUUCAAGAACCGGGUGAAGAUCAUGACGGUGAACUACAACACACAUGGAGACCUGAGCGACGGCGCAAGAAGAUUUGUGUUCUUCAGUAUUCCUCAGAUUCAAUACAAAAACCCAUGGGUCCAAAUAAUGAUGUUCAAAAAUAUGACACCGUCCCCGUUCCUGAAGUUCUACCUGGAUGAUGGGGAGCAGGUUCUGGUGGAUGUAGAAGGGAAAGACUACAGACAAAUCUCACAACACGUGAAGAAGAUUUUGGGCAAAUCAGAAGAAGUGUUGAAAGCUGAGGCUCAAGCCAAGAUGCAGGCCUCCAACCCUGCCAACUUUGGGCCAAAGAAGUACUUUGUGAGGGAGUGCAUCUGUGAGGUGGAGGGCCAGGUGCCGUGUCCUGGCACGACGCCUCUGCCCAAAGAGAUGACGGGUAAAUACCGCACCCAGAUGGCGGCUUCACAGGAAUGAGAACCUUCUCAUUAUGUGUGAUGUUUGCUGUGGGGUUUGUAUGACCUCACAAAAGGACUGACAUGAUGCAUAUUUAGUAGUAAAUAUGCAAAUGUGAACGGGUCUAACUGUGCAGAAGAUGAACGUCACUCCGGUCUCCCAGAAAGUACGAACAUUUAAAUAAAACUUCAACUUCAUCGACAAAAAGAUUUUCCUGUGUGAAAAUAGUAACUGGUUCAGUUGUGAAUAUGUAAAACACUUAA